AUGGAUUCUUCUUCUUUGGGUGUUGAUGGUAUUGGAGGAGCAGUUGCGGUAUUAGGAGGAGGAGCAGUCACCGCCACACAACAACCACACCAUGUUGUACAUCAUCAUACACACAGGUUUGUUGUCAAGUUUCUUUUUUGAGGGAAUUUGUUUUGAAACCUGUUUGGAAUUUUUUAACAGUUUCACGAAAAUAAUUUCUAAUAAAAACACAUCAGAAAUUCUAUAUUUUUCUGAAAUUUUGUUUUUUUUUUUUCAAAAAUACAAAACUUGAGAUAAUUUUUCAACCGAAACAUUUCUUCUGAAAAUUAAGAAACGUGGGUUGACCUAAUUUUUUAUGGUUCAAAAUUUUUGUAUUUUCGAGAAGUCUACUUUUUCCGGGUAGAAUUUUAAUUUAUGAAACAACGUCAGAUCUCCUCACUAGCCACAUCGAGAUUUUUAAUUCAAAUAUUUCGAUUAACCGAAUUAAUUUCAAUUCUAGAAUUUUCGUUUUGGGGAAAUUUGGCGAAUUUUUUAAAAUUUCAAAAUUCUGUGCUGAUUUCCUAACCGGAAAUUAUUAUUUUUUCGUUAGGUACAAACCUGGUUCAUAUAAAAGUUAUCAAUUCAAGUCCAAAUUCUCUUUCCAGAUUUUCAUCUCAUCUCGUUUGCACAGUCAGUUCACUCGAACAUCAACCCCUUCUUCAUCACGAUCAACAACCAAUAACCUCAUCUUUAUCAGCUCUUCAUCAUAAUCCAUACGCUUUCAAUUAUUCUAUCCCACUUCCGCCAACCGAUUCUUUAAAGUUACCCAAAUGUAAGUUUUUCUAAUUUUUUUUGUUGAAAAAUCCUCAAACUGUUUCAGUGGAACUAAAUUCAUUGGAUGUGAAAAAGGAAGAAUCUGACACAGAUGUUGGAAGUCCAACAACUUCGAAUGGCGGCGGAAAUGGAAAAAUUCAGAAACCACGAAGACAACGGACGCAUUUCACAAGUCAUCAGGUAAUAAUUCUUGGAGAUUAGGAAAAAAAGGAAAAAUGAAAGUUUUUGUAGUUAACGGAACUCGAAAAUUGGUUUUCUCGGAAUCGAUAUCCUGAUAUGGCAACUCGAGAAGAAAUAGCGAUUUGGAUCAAUUUAACAGAGCCAAGAGUUAGGGUAUGUACUUAGAAAUAAGGAUGUGAAACUAAAAUCGAGAGAUUUUGAGAAAAAAUUUGAUUCAUCAGAAAAUUUUGAAAAUUUUGCUGUGUAGUAAAAUCAAAUUAUACACCGUAACCACUUAUUUUCAUCAUUCUCCAAAAAUUAAAAAAUAUCAUUCCGAAGUUCAGAAAAAUUCACCAAAAGCUUCCUUCUCCUCUCCCCCAUCUGCUCUACCGUAUUUUUCUUUUCUUCGUCUUUUUUCUCCCCUUUUUUGUCCCGCCAUAAAUUGAAUAAUGUGUCAUAAUGAUAUGACACCCAAGGAACAAAAACAAAAAGAAAAGAAACAGAACAAUAUGAAAUGGCUAAUUGAAUUAUUCUGGUUUACGACGGGAACCACCAACCUUUUCUAGAAAACAAUAUUGUGGAAAAUCAAUAAUAGAUAUUCGGGAUUGAUUUUCCUACAAAAAAAUCCUUGAUGAGUACAAGUGCAAUUUUAAAAUUUCAGAAGUUCCAUUUUCAGGUUUGGUUCAAAAAUCGACGAGCAAAAUGGCGAAAACGCGAGCGAAACUAUGUGAUUGAUAAUGGAAAUGGUGUUGGUGGAAAUGGUUCGAGUGGAAUGGUUGUUGUUCCAACAAAUCAACAACACAAUCAGAAUCAGAAUCAACAGAAGAAUAAUAAUUUGGCCAGUUUGCAGAGUGGAUUUGCACCCGCGUUGUUGCAAGGAGGUGUUCAGGUGGGCCAGGUUUUUGGGGAGGGAAUGAGUUUUGGGUGAAAAAAAUAUUGAAAUCAUAAAUACAAUUUUAUUCCAAAAAUUGUGGUCCUGAAAUUUCUCACCAAAAAUGUCUUCUAAAUAUCACGACGCCUAUUUUUGGUACAAAAUUCGUUGAAGAUUUAUUUCGAUUUUAGAAUUUUCAUACCAAAUUCAAAGCUCUUCCUGAUAUUUUUCUCUAAAAACUCUUCAUGUUUAAUUUCUCUCAAAUUCCAGACAAUCUGGAACUAGGUUCUUUCUUCUCUCAUAUCUAAAUAUUAGUAAAUAAUUACCAGUAGCAUCAUUUUUUCUUUGUUUUUUGUUUGUUUAUUUUAGAACAAGUUUGUGUCUGGUGGAAGAAAAGACACAAAAAUGUUUCUGCUAUUCUAUUUUGCACAUAAAAAAUUAUAUAUACAAACUAACCAAACCAGACCAUUUUUAGGGUGUGGGAGAAGGGGGGAAUUUUUCGAUUUCGUGGGAAAAAUAUUCGAAAAUUUUGUUUGAAACCUCAAUCAGCCUGGAAAAAACAAGUUUUGAUAAUUAUUUCCUUUUUGCUCUGAAAACCCCUGAAAACUCAAUUUAUUUUUAUUAUUUAGCUCGAUGAUCCAUCGGCAUCAUUUUAUGGUUAUGGAAAUGGUUGGCAAUCCCCCUAUGCUCCUCGACCAAAUCAAUCAUUUAACUGGAAUCUAAAACCAACACAUUUUUCAACCACAACAACAACAACUUCAAUGGCUUCACCAUCUUCAAAUAAUCGAUUUCUACCCAAUCAAACCACAUAUUCUCAGGAUAAAUUGAAAUUGAUGGAUUCACUUUCUGGAACUCUUGGACAAGCUUAUCAAUAUAAUGGACCGCUUUAA